AUGCUGCCGUACCUCCAUCCCGAGCUAGCUGAUUUCCACAAUGUCUCUGACCUCUUUACCCACCUCCGCUCUAGUGAGGCUCGCUACCGUGCCGCUCUCAAGCCGCCCUUCCUCGCUGCGAACCCCCCCCCCCUCCUCUCCCCCCCCCCCCCCACGCUAUAUAUGACACUGUACUUCCUUGUCACUCGCCUCCGCGACUCCCUUCACACUGUCUGGGACCAGUUCCUAGCCCUUGACCCCACAGAGAUCACACUUGACUCGCUCAAGAAGUCCCUUCUUGAGGCCGAGAAGAGCAAUGUCGUUGUUGCUGCCUCUCGUGGCACUCCCCGCUCCCCCUUCUUUGAAGGAUGUACUCCCUCCCCUCUCCUCCCCUCAGUUGCUACUGCUGCUACUGUCGACCUCCUUGGUGCUGAGGAGGUUAGCACUGUGUCUGCUCCCGGUGGAAGGCGCAACAACAGCAGGGGCAAAGGGGGCAAGGGGGGUGGGGGUGGCACCAGCGGUGGAGGUGGCGGGGGUGGAGGCGGUGGGGGUGGCUUUGGGGGUGGCGGCAGUGGAGGCGGACGGGGUGGUGGAGGCAGCGGGGGUGGUGGAGGCAGCGGGGGUGGUGGAGGCAGCGGGGGUGGUGGAGGCGGCGGGGGUGGUGGAGGCGGCGGGGGUGGUGGAGGUGGUUGGGGUGGAGCUGGCAAGGCAGCUUGGUGA